CAACCACCCGAACGAACAUUUCAUGGCCCAGAAGCCGUAAAGGCACCGAUGAGAAGAAAGAAGGUCCAUCAUGCUCCAUGCAGUCAUAACGACAUCCGCAGAGCAGAGAGUACAAUAUUGCGGUGUACUACAUAAUCUCCGCAUUGCAACAUAAUUAUGUCUUCCGUUUCUCGCUCCUCAAGCUAGCUUCCUCAAGACACUAUCAAACGGCUCGCCUCCUGCUGAACGACGACGACACUGUAUUGUCUUCUUCUGUUUGUUGUGAGUGAGCAAUUGCCCACCAAAACUGAUCAUUCUGGAUGUCCUCCUCUAUACGAGUUUGUCAUGGACGACUGCAUGGCUUCCCUGAUCGGUCAGAGCUUACAUAGGAGCUGGUCCUGUUUUGUCCGAUCCUAGAAUUAUACAGUUGCGACUUGCGUCUGCUGGAGGAGAGAAGCCCAAAUUCGUACGGACAUAUUCUCAAUUACUCCCUGUGAAGAUGGCCAGAAUGUCCUUCAUGAUUUGGAGGGUUGCCGACUUCUGAAACUACUCGGCCAUCCGUCCAAGCUUCGAUUGUCUCUUCUCGACCCAAAGAAAUAAACAAAGGAGAACAUCACACGACGCGCUGCAGAUUGUUAUAAUCUACAACAAUAGUAACAGACCAUCAACUGGACUAAAUCUUGGGCAGAAAGAUCAGUUAGCUGCCUAAUAUAAGUCAGAUAUCUGAAUCUCAGGCUAUGGUCGUAACAACGAAACUAUAUCAAUUAUGCAUCGGCCCAACGCUAAGCAAUUAACCCUUGGCUGUCUCUUACCGCCAACUCCUUCAGAACUCGUAUCACCAGUCACUCCUUCGCCAAUGAGUCCUGCAUCCUUUCACACAGCUACUGCCGGUACACCAGACACUCUUGCACGAGUAACAUCAGAAGAAGAUGAUCGUUCCCGCUACGGCGCAAAGGGCCCGGAUGUUCCCCCCGUCGCCCUUCCCGGCUACCAGCAUUCGUUGUCUUACCUCGAUUCACUCCAAGAACUCAAUCCUGAUCCUGCUCAAGCUGCGCUCCUACAAUCAGCCAGAUUGAAGCUCUCUUCAAAAGACAAGGAAGCCAUGCGUAAAAUACGGUUUACCAUGAUGGAACAGAACUUCUCUGACUCCGCAUCUUCCAACUCUGUUUCGCCUUCAAGUCCUAGAUUCCCUCAGUAUUCAGCGGCAGGGCCAUCCAAGGGCCAAGAGCUAAGAACAAGAAGGUCAAUUCUGUCGAAAUUUGUGGUGACUGAGCCUCGAGGCGAUAGCGGGGAGGACGAGGACGUGGAGAGGCUGGAAACUAUGAAGCGCUGGCAAAGUCAACCUGCACUGUCGAGAGAAAGGCACUGCAUGACAAACUUUCUCAGCACACCAGCGUGCAGUGUUGAUUAUGCCAUUGCAGUAGUGGGUCAUGAAGGAGUCGGUAAAACGACGAUAAUUGCCGAGGCUUUGAGAGGAUGGGGGAUGUCUAAUCCCCUAAGUAUUUACUCUCCGGAUGGACAUCUCAUAUUUUCUUGUUGCUCACAGAUUGCGGCUGGGGGCAAAUUGAAGACAGGUUGCAAAGUUGAAUUCUUUGAAAUGGGCAUCAAUGCACUGGAUCUUACUCCCGGGGCGGCGAGCAUCUGGCCAUCCUCUGCCCUAAAAGUGUCCGGCGCCGUUUGCUGUUAUGAUGCCAGACGAGAAGAAACGUUGGAAGGACUCAAGAACUGUAUAGAACAGUUGAGCGCCACAAGCACACCCAUCGUCAUUAUUGCAUGCAAGUCUGACCCAGACGCAGAAUUGCGGGUCAUUGCUGCGCAUGGUAAUUCGAUGGGUGAACCAUGCAAUGUAGGACUCAUCGAAGUGACAAUCAAGACUCAUGAAGGAAAACUCAAGAUGAGGAAUGCUGUGAGAUGGCUGCUGUAUAAACUUGAACAACGGCAACGUCGUCAACAGAGACAGCUCUCCGCUCUCAACAUAGCACAGAGCCUUGUCUCUGGUGUUCAGGCUCCUACAGCUGUUGGAAGUAUCGAUGUGACAAAGUCCACCAUUGGAAGCCUAGCUUCUCUCGACUCGGAUGCAGACUGUCUGGGAGAUAGAUCGAUGUGGGAGCAAACUUUGAGCACGGCCUCAAAGACGUCUGAAGCACCUCUCAUAGGCCAAACUCCUGGAGUUGAAGAAGAGAUACGUGAAGAUCAAAAAUCCACAUCUUACGGUGUCGGGAAAUUAGUAACACCAGACAAGGAGAGGAUUAUGAAUGACGGAAGCCUGGGGUGUCUAGACAAUUUGGAAGAAAGCACAAGGCGGGAGAAAAAACAGACUGGACGUGUACAAGCGAAACAUGAUACUAUUGCAGACCAGAUUGCAGAGGGGAUUUCGCCGGUCUAUGUAGCCCUAAAAGACCUACUGAACCGACUUUUUACUUCAAUCGUGUCUUCACAAGAUGACGCGUUUACCAGGUCGUUCUUUCUCACUUAUCGCCGCUUUUGUCAUCCUCAAGAUCUGAUGCUUGAGUUUCUUAAGCGCUUUCGUGAAAUAGAAGAUUAUGCUGUGUCCAGUGACGUCAAGAAUUGGGCGCUACUGAAACUCACGGGUGCGCUCGUCGAUUGGACCAACCGAUACCCAGGCGACUGCGUGUCAAUGUCGACUCCAAUCAUCUUUAGCGAAAUCAUUAUCCUUCUUUCUAAACAUACCUUCAUGGCCCAUCUUAUCUCCGACCUCAUUUUAGUCCAAGAUGCCCUUCCUAAAACUACAGAUCCAGACGAAUCAUGGUCCAUGCGUUCACACGAUGUAACAUCACAUAAUGUAGAGAAGAGUAUACAAGUUCUGAUUGAUAAGGAAGGAGGGUCUAAAUUGGAUGAUAAUGAGGAGGAGGACGAAGUGGGCUCUUUAGGGCAUAAGGCGGCUUCCGAACUAUCGGCAUCGACUGGUAGUUUACAACUGGAAGAAGUACAGCGCCAAGGCAGCGGAUCUGACUCUCAUCGAGUAAGGAUCCCAUCUGGAGUUUCCGUGCUUGGAGAAGAGGGUUCCCUCUCCUCCGAAGGUCAACAUUCACAUACCCGCCCAGCUGGAUCAUCCUACAGGAUGAACAGCAUGCAAGUCAGCGAUGAGGUGGCCGAUGCCAGAUGGGGGAAUGCGUUGAACAUGGUCAUGCGGAUGGAGCCUAGAGUGUUUGCAACAGAACUGACGAGGAUGCAGUGGGAACUGUUCCUUGACAUCAGACCAAGGGAUGUUUUCAGGCAUACUCUUGGAAAGGAAACCGGUGGCCCUGUCCGCAAGUCGAUCAACUUUUUUAACCACUUGUCCAGAUGGAUUUCGACCAUCGUUUUAGCUUCUUCGAAAGCAAAACAUCGAGCUCGUGUAAUCGAACGAUUCAUAUUCAUUGCCCAUCAGCUCCGUCGCCUCAACAAUUAUGACUCUCUCUAUGCCGUUAUUUCCGGUUUACGGGAGGCCUCUGUUCAUCGUCUGUCAGCGAGUCAAGCACUGAUACAGCUCUCACCAAUUGCGGAACAGGAUUACCACUCUCAUCUCAAACUGAUGGAUCCAAGGAGUGGAUACACCCAAUACCGCAAAGCACUACAGGCGGAUAUCGACAAUGGGCGAGGCGCCAUCCCCUUACUUAACAAUAUAUUGGGCCUUGUAUCACGAUUACAAGGGGUCCGCCCAAACGAUUGCAGGGAGGAGGAUGGUAAGAUACAGUGGGAUAAGUUUAUGAGGUUUGGGGAGAUUCUCUCUAUGAUCCAGGAAUGCCAGACUAGAGGGCCGAUGGUAAAUGGGCAAGUGGGUCAGGGGUUCAAAAAGGUCAUUGAAGAGACCAUUAUUCUGUCGGAUGAGGAUGCUCUAUGGGAAAGAAGUCAGUCUCUCGAAAACAGCGGGGGUACAAUUGGGGGGAAAAUGCUUAGACGCUUAGCAAAUCUCGGCUUUUAAAUCGGGCGAGGGACACAUCGUAUCACUACUAUAUUUGAAAAAUGUUUUCAGACUUCCAACUCGACCCGGUAAUGAUGACCUCGAUGAUUCGAUGAUUAGCAUCAUGGCGUGUGGAAUUGAUGGAUAAAAUCAACAACACGAAGGUGUGCAUAUUAUAUUAUAUUAGAAGGGGAUAGCGGUGUUUGCCUGGGCAUACACCAAACCGCAAGACUCAAAAGCAAUUUCAUGCAAUAGACAU